CCUUUUCUUCUCACACUAACUACACCAACAUUGUAGUAUAGUAUACUAUUAUCUCUCUACUAUAUAAAUUGAAUCAAGGUUCCAUUUUUUCUCUUCCUCUCCUUCCUUUGUAGCAGCCAGCUACUUUGUUGUUUCAUCUCUUCUCAAGGCGUUCUUCUGUGGAAUAAGAACCAGAUUUUGAAGAUGAACUGUUACAGUCUUCAGCAGAACGCCUUUGCAGCUUGUGAAGAGAUGAGAGGCUCAGUUACCAUUACUGAUCACAAGGAGCCUCUCAUUUGCCCUAAGCCACGCCGAGUCGGGGUCUUAUCGAACGUUCCUAUGCGACAAUUGCGUUGGCAUUUCAAUCAACAAGCUGAGGGUUCUGAUUCGAAAGCUGCUGCUGAGCUACUUGACCUUAUUUUCGAGAAGGAGAGUCACGGAGAAGAGUUCGCGAACCAGGUAGCCUCAUCUCCACCCUAUUUUUGCGGGUCCCCUCCGGUCAGGGCUGCAAACCCUUUGGUCCAGGAUGCUCGGUUCGGAGACGAGAUGAACGCUGCUAUCAUAUCGCCAUCAGGUUUGCCAUCUCCAACUUCCACAUCCCGCAAAGGAGGAUGCGUUAGGGUAAGUUUUGGACUUAAACCGGCUGCGGUUAGAGUAGAAGGAUUCGAUUGCCUCAACAGGGAUCGCCAGAAUUCGAGCGUCCCUGCUGUUGCUUAAACAUUCCAUUCAGAGAAGUGUAUAUAAAGACGGAGCUGAGUGCGAUCACAUGUUAAGAAAAAAAAUGACUUAACUUAACUAGAAAAAAGAAAAUAUCUUUUGAGUAGUUUAAGGGUAAAAAUGAUGUUGAAGAAACAGAAACAAAACCUUGUGUUCUUGAGAAGGUUUAAUGUAUAAAAAGCAUGUUUUUUUCUGUGUAAUAUAAGGAUAAGGAUGUUUUGAUAUAAGUAUCUUUUAAAAAUAUUUAGGUUAUCACCAUGAGAAUAUCAUGUAUAGAGAGUUGGUGAUUUUGGUUAUAUUAUGUGUAAAUAUAUUUAGCUAAAUUUAUAAGUAUGUUUAUUAUAUUCAAUGGAUUAAUUUUAA